AUGGUUAAAGAGAAAGAGCAAAUCCCUACUAAGGAGAAGAAGCUCCUCGUCGGAGUCAUAUGGAACUUCUCCGCCGAGCUCAAGCUCAUUUUAAUGGCGUUUCUGGUUCUAUGCACUUUAGCCACUCUCUUACCUUUCAUACCUUCUUCAUUCUCUCUCUCAGCUUCCGAUUUCCGCUUCUGCAUCUCACGCUUCUCCUCCGCCGUUCCCAUUAACACCACCACCACCAUCGUCGAAGAGUUACCGGAGAAGACGACGAAACCGGCUAUAGAGCUAGAUCGAGUGAUGGAUAACGGCGUUAUUAAACGGUCGUUUACUGGCUACGGCUCUGCAGCUUACAACUUCGUCUCAAUGAGCGCUUACAGAGGCGGCGUCAACUCUUUCGCCGUCAUCGGCUUAUCUUCGAAACCCCUCCACGUGUACGGCCAUCCUUCCUACCGCUGCGAGUGGGUCCCUCUCGACCCGACCCAAAACCCGAUUUCGACGGACGGCGUCAAAAUCCUAACCGAUUGGGGAUACGGCCGGAUCUACACAACCGUCGUCGUCAACUGCACAUUCCCGACAACCUCCGCCGUGAAUCCCGAAAACGCCGGCGGAAACCUCAUCCUCCACGCCACCACCGGAGAUCCAGACCGAAACCUCACCGAUUCGAUCCCAGUCCUAACGGAAUCCCCAAACUCCGUCGAUUUCGAUCUCUACAACUCCACGACGAAGCAGCAGAAGUACGAUUACCUCUACUGCGGCUCGUCUCUCUACGGGAACCUAAGCCCGCAGCGAGUGAGAGAAUGGAUCGCGUACCACCUCCGAUUCUUCGGCGAGCGGUCGCAUUUCGUGCUCCACGACGCCGGAGGGAUCCACGGGGAAGUGUUCGAGGUUCUGCGGCCGUGGAUCGAGCUCGGGCGCGUGACGCUGCACGAUAUCAGGGACCAGGAGCGGUUCGACGGGUAUUAUCAUAAUCAGUUCAUGGUGGUGAACGAUUGUUUGCAUCGGUAUAGGUUCAUGUCCAAGUGGAUGUUCUUCUUCGACGUCGAUGAGUUUAUCUAUGUGCCGCCGAAGAACACGAUCGAUUCGGUUAUGGAAUCUUUGGAGGAAUAUUCUCAGUUCACUAUUGAGCAGAUGCCUAUGAGUAGCAAGCUUUGUUACUCCGGCGAUGGUCCGGCGAGAACAUACAGGAAAUGGGGAUUUGAGAAACUGGCAUAUAGAGAUGUGAAGAAGGUUCCAAGACGGGACAGGAAGUACGCGGUGCAGCCGCGUAAUGUAUUCGCGACGGGGGUUCACAUGUCUCAGAAUCUGCAAGGCAAAACAUACCACAAGGCCGAGAGCAAAAUACGUUACUUCCAUUACCACGGUUCGAUCUCUCAGCGCCGUGAGCCUUGUCGUCACCUUUUCAACGAUUCUAGAGUUGUGUUCGAGAACAAUCCUUACGUGCUUGACACUACGAUCCGUGAUGUUGGCCUUGCAGUGAAGACGUUCGAGAUAAGAAAGAUCGGUAAUCGGCUAAUUCGGACACGGCAAUGA